AUGAGCAAUCUGACUUACAUCGUUUAUCCAGGUCGCUAUGCUCCUGUCCUGGAUAUGGACGACUCUGGAUCCUCGUCAGGACAUUCGCUUGCUCACAUUUUGGGGACGAAUGGACUGUUUCCACCUUGUUCUCUGCGUUAUCAUCGUCGUCUUAUUGAUGAAGUCUGUACAUCCCGCCUCCGAGUUGCGCUCCAGUUGCGCCAGUAUGCCGUAGGUCUUGUGAUGCCGCCCCCGGCGUUAUGCAUCUCUUCCGCUAAUGCUUUGUCUAAAAGUGCUGCUUUUGCAGAACUGACUGUUGAAACUUUAGUCAGUGGGAAGGUGCAUCCGGCUCAAUUGAGUAAGCCACUUUUAGAUCUGAUCUUUCGUUUUUAA